AGUCUCGGCAGUGUCACGCAAAGAAUAGCAGUCUUCUUGUCGAGCUUGAUCACUCUUAAUCCACAUUUUCGACAUCACGAUUAUGUCAUGUAAUUAGUGCCUUCUCAAUAAAGUAACGUCAAACCAUGCACACAUACAUUGUAAAUGAAGAUUAUCGUCGGCAACAUGAUCGCGAGUGGUUCUCUAUCAACCUUGAUUAUUUUUUUUCCUGGCGAGCAGCAAUCAAAGCUCUUGAGAUUCUUGUUCUCAUCACGGCCAUGUCGUGUAUGAUACAGUACGGAUUCUUCUGGAAAGGUCCUCCGCCAACACUCGUCUUCUACUACAUCAUUGUCUGUCUGUCUUGGAUUCUACAGCUCAUCUUCUUUAUCAUGAUGAUAUGUUCGUUAGAACAACGACAGCCGCUCUAUCACUGGGAUCUUUGCGGUGCUUUUGCUAGCGUUGUCGAGGUUGUGUUUCUUGCUGUAGUGGCUGCAGUCAUGGCAAAUGAUGCUGUCAAUCACAGAAAACUAGAAUGGAAAGACGAUGACCUUACAGAUGACAUCAAGCACUACUAUUAUAGCCUGAUYGCUGCCGUGGUUCUGACUCUAGUGGCGUCGUUCUUGUUCUUUAUCGAAGCCAUAUUACACGCUGUUUCAUUCUUUAAAGAAAGAAGAAGACGAAGACGAAGAAAGCUCGGUCUUUAAUCAUUGAACUUGAUGACAGCAUAAAAUACCAUUAUCAUAUAGGAAAAACUAACGAAAAGCUGGUAGAAGAGGUUUAUCACUUCAAGUUGUACGACAAAGAGACGUCCUGAGAGCUAAUGUUACAACAAACGAUGAYRUCAUAAACAUAUACUAUUGUUAUKCAAAAUGACGUCACAGUUUUGAAAUAAAGAUUAGAUAUGUCGUCAUAGUA